CACGUAGGAGACCAGUAAAAGAAAUUCUGUUGUAAUGGGUCAUUAAUUAGCCUCAUGGGCCUACUCCAAUGGCCACCAGCCCACUAUUGGGCCUACAAAUUUCAGGGAUGGAUUCUGACAAUCGAGCCCAAACGAAGGACUGGCGCGCGUUUCAGUGUCGAUGGGACAUAAAUACUCAUCUUCGUACUUCGAAGUUUCAAAUUAAAAUAAAAUUCAUUCCCUUUCCCCCAUUGAAGCAAAAUCAAAACCCUAAACCUGUGAACCGGAGCUUUCUUCCGACCAUCGUUUUGCUGUCCGCUUCAGUUUUCCCCAGCGAUUUCCGACUAUCGUGUUGCAGCUCUACGAGGCAGUCUCGUCUCCUGUAAUGAUCAUCAAGAACAGGUAAGUCGCUGUUUGUUGAUUCCUUCCUUUGUUCAAUUGUUCGUUCCCAAUACCCUUUCAAUUUCUGGUUUUAGGUCGAAUUGAAUCAAUCUGUAGUAGCUUCCAUUAGCGAGCCAUGAACAUGAACAACAACAACAACAGCCGCAGCAAUUGCGAUUCAGGGGGAACUGUAAAAACGCGCCGUCAAGAUGGUACUGCUGAUACUGAUAGGUUAAGCCAUCUUCCGGAACCCAUUAUUCAUCACAUCCUUUCAUUUCUCGACACCAAAGCCGCCGUUCAGACCUCUGUGUUGUCCCGAGUGUGGAGGUUCGCGUGGAAGCACGUCCCAGCACUCCAUUUUCGUAGCGAUUCCUUUGAGCAGCAUUCGAGCUUCCAAGAGAGGAAAAUGUUACGGAUUCUCCCGAGUUGUAUGGCGCAAUCUUGGACUGGAACCUCGAGAGUCUGGAGCUGUGUUGUGUUGCAAUCGACCGUGGAUUUCUAUCUUCAGAUUUUUCGAUUGCUGACGACUCUGUAUCUGAAGAAUUGCCCAUUGGCUCCUGAUCAGGACGGGGGCUCUGACCCUUUUCUCUGGCUUGUCCAUGUCUGAGUGAUUUGGUCCUGACUCAUUGCUCCCAUUUGGACCAUGACUUUGACGGGUCUGAAAGGCGUCUCAGGAUAUCUGGACCACAAUUGCUUAGCUUGGAAUUGGGGGUAUGUUCAUUCUUAUGAGAUGGAAAUAGUUGCUCCAAGACUCAAAUCCUUCCGAUUUGAGCAGUUCUUUUGCAAUCUUAACUUCUCCGAGUUAAGUUUCCCAUCCCUUGAUCAUGCUGUGAUCCUGGUCAAGGAAGGUGGCGGUUACAUGGAGCGUUACGUGGAAUCCCCGGGACAAAGUUUGAUCUCUCUGUUCAAAGCUUCAAGUAAUGUUAGAUACUCUCAUGUUGGAUUCUGAAACCAUCCAGGUACUGUUUUAUUUUGUAUCGUCCUAAUGAAGUGUUCCUUCCAGGAAACAUUCCCUUAUACAUUUUCGUGUUGGAUUUUUGUUUUCUGUAGAUACUGGAUGAUAUGUCCGACUCUCUGGAACAACAACCCUCUCCCUUCACGAGAUUGAAGUCCUUGAUCGUGAAGGCUGACAGUAUAUUACCUUACGCACUGGCCAGUUACUUUCUUAAAGGGUCUUCUGGUGUCAAACCACGUAUUGAGUUUUCAUAGCGUAUUUGGUAUUGGUAACCUUCUUAUUUCUUGCCAUAGUUUCUCAUCGCAGUAUGCAAUAGUUUGCUGUUUGUUUCUACUUUCAGGUCAUGUGGUAACAUAUCUAUGUUUUUGUCUAGGUAAUUCAGAGAAAUUAUUUACUGCGAUAUGAAUUGCAUUACCAAAUACCAGUUCCUUAAAGGGCCGUGGUCAAUUACUUUCUUACAGUAUUCUCUAGUCUAGUGCAUUCUCAGUGUUAAACGACGUAGUAGUUGACCGCUUUGUCAUGUUUUCUGUUUGUGUUGCGCUAGUAGAGGGACAGGGUUACAUCAUGUUCACAUUUUGGCAACUCAUGCCACUGUCUGGUUCUGUUUAAUACCUCAACAUCUUUUGUUCCUUUUGAUGAAAUCUGCUAUGUGUAACAACUAACAUGUUACCUUUUGGUAACUCAUGCCAAACCUUCUGAUUCAACAUUUAGUAGUGUAUGAUGGUGCUCACAGGUAGGGUUGGACAAUCGGUUAUCGGUUAACCGGCCGGUUACAACCGAAACCGUCCGGUUAUAAUUGAAACUGACCGGUUAUCCACUAACCGAUAAUCGAGAUAAUCGAAACUCGGUCGGUGUUCGGAGGCUGGGUGAUAUAGUUUUGGUCUUAGGGGCUGUUCGGUUAACCGAAAAUCGAGAUAACCGAAGACUUAAGUCGCCUUUCGGUCGGUGGUCAGUAGGGUUGGGAGAUGGUUCGGUUGACCGAUAACCGACCGGCCUCCUACUCACAGGUGUUUGGGGUCGUUAGAUAACGCACAUACAAAAUGUCGUCGUUGAAUAAGCACAUUAAUAAUGUGAAAAUAAUAUGUCAUUGUGUUCAUCAAACAACCACGAAAAGUCUGACGAGAUCUGAGCAGGCCAUGUUAGCAAAAUUGGGAUCCACUUUAUUUUUUUGGAUUGAUUCCAAUCCGUCUGGCGCAACAUAUCAGACCAACGUGAUUGUGGUAGGAAAUUCAUUAUUUGAAGUUGGGAAGAGAUUCCCAAGAUUACAAAAUCAAUGUGGCCCAUGCCCUGUGAAUUAUUUUGGGUAAAUUGCAAGUUUGGUCACCUGAAUUGCUAUAAAAGUUCACGUUUGCG